UGACUGGCUGCACUGGGCAACGGAAAAGAAGGUCCUGUUGCAACACUGGGUCUCUUGCUCGCUUUGCAGCCUGAUGCUCUUGGUUGGCCUCAUGACGCGGCAAGUCAGUCUCCAGAUGCUGUUACUCCUUGGGAUAUUAGGCCUGCCAGUGUUGGCAAGGUGGAAAGACAGAUUUUUUUCUGAAGUCCAAAUUCCAGAUUACAUUUUAACAAGGCCCAAACUGCAGCCCUGCCUGGCGCGGCCGACCAGCACCCAGUGCAAAAGCAACUGCAGGGCGCACCUGGACUGUGAGCAGGAGUUUCGCUGCUGUCAUGCCUUCUGUGGCAAUGUCUGCAUGAGCCCGGAAGAGGCAGAGGGCGCAAAGUCAAACCAUAAAAUCGGCAACUUGGUCCCCAUGGUUGUACCGUAAAUCAGCAUCGUUUCAAGCCACACGGAAAGUUUCGGAAGACCAACCUCCUGUUGGACCGUCCUCUUGAAUCAGGUGUGGGUAGGGGUGAGGGUGCCCAGACAAUGUCUUCUCUGCCUACCUCCUUCCCCAAAAGCUGUUCCAGAAACCGAGGCCCCCUUUUGUCUAUAGUUACAGGACUGUUGCUGCCCCAACUACUUUCUCUGACUCUGCCCCUGCACCCAGCCCCUAGCCCCUACCUCCUGGUCUAGAUUUCCCCUACCUUCCCACCCUUUAGCAGUCUGUUCUCUUUCACCCAGACUCCUAGACCUAUUUAUCUCUGCUUAUUGACAUGACAUAAAGAAGAGAAAACUGCUUAUAUGGGGUGGGGGGAAUGUUCUUUUUGGCCAAUGAGGAUACUGUUACUUUGAAUUCUCCAUACCUGGAUAUACCCCUUCUGAGACUAACUCAGGCCCUAGAUUCUAGAAGGUAGCCACAAGCUACUUCCAUUUUUGAUUAGUCCAUGGACGUGAAAUCUUGUGUAAAUAUGGCUACACCAAUGAUUCAGAACUGGAAGAUGGCAUCUCUUGCUCUAAAUAAGCUCUCCUCUUACACAUCACCUGUGUGUCACUAUGAUUCGGUCAAUUGUUUGGGGGGGUUGUUAGGGUCUUUUCAAAUGUAAGAAAAUGCUACAGAAAGAAUAAACAACAAUAUCUACAGGGUUGU